CAAAUUAAUUCGUUUGGCUGGGCUUCAAAAAAGAAAAGCCUAAAGCAAAAUAUUUUUGACCCAUAUGUAGAAUAUUGUGGCUUCCGAAAAAAAACCAUAGAUUUGAUCUUGUGCGGGAACAGCGCAACCAAAAACAAAAAGAGAAGAAGAAAAUGGAGAAAGGAGAAGCGAAUUGGAGUGAGGAGGUAGAGGAUCUGGUGACAGCCGGAGACACACAAGGCGCAAUCUCCUUCUUAGAAAACCUCGUUUCCAAACUCGAAACGACGCCGUCUACGGACGACCUCCAAUUAGCCUCUGCCCUUUCCGACUUAGCUGCUCUCUAUUCCUCCAUCGGCUACUCCCUUAAGUCCGAUCAACUUUUCUCACGCGCUUCUCUCCUCAAGCAACACGCUCACUCUUCGAGUGACGUCGGGCUUGCAAAGAAAGACUUGAAGGAGGAUUCUUUACCGUUACCUAACGUUUCUUUGGCUGGAAAUGACAAGCCUUUGACUCAUGGGAUCAUGGAAAAAGGUCCAAUGGCGGGUGAUGAUGGUGCGCCACUGAAAUUAUCAUCAGAUGAUGAUUGGGAAGCAAUUGCAGAUCGUGAACCAAGUGAAUUACUUUCCUCAGAAUGCUUGCCUGGAGUAUCAAGUUUGUCAUUGGAAGAUAGCAAAGUUGAAGCCCCUAAGAGACGGGGAAGGGGAACAUUUUCUUACAGAAAAAGUGAAUUGUAUAGUGAUCGACUCUCUGAUGAUGUGUCUGCUGCCAAAGAUACAGAGAAUGAGGAUGUGUGCAUAAACUCUGAAAUAAAGACAGUGGAAACUAAAUAUGGUACACGUCAUGUUCUUGUUCUGGCUGACUUUUCACCAAGCACUAGGGCAACAUACCUAGAGAAGCUUUUUGAGGACUUCAGAGACCGUGGAGUUGUUAUUCGCUGGGUCAAUGAUACAACAGCCCUUGCAGUAUUUCGCACACCGUCUAUUGCCCUUGAAGCCUGCAACCAUGUUAAUUGUCCAUUUACUGUACGUAUACUUGAUGAGGAUGAUGUGCUUUUGGGCUCGAUUUCGGCAAGAGAUUUAGAGCCUCCUCGCCAAAGACCACAGACAUCAGCGAGAACUGCCCAGAGGCUGAUAGCUCAAGGAAUGGGAUUGAAAUUGUUAUCCUCAACCUUUGGGUCUAGAGAAUUAAGAAACCAGGAAGAAGCUAGGAGGAAUCGGAUAGUUACAAGACAAAAAUUGAAAGAUGAUGCCUGGGGCGAUGAUUGAAGCAAACAAAGGGAUUUAUUUUCUUGCCUUGUUAACCAUACUUUGUUAACCAAACAAAGGAAAAGAAAGGAAGGGAAAGAAGAGUUUGAAUACAAACUUGUUUCUCAAUUAUAAACAGGUUCUGUAACACAGAUAGAUAGCUAACUACUCAGGUCUCCCUCAGUUCAAAUUUUCUUUGAUGAGUAAAGUUUGUUGUAUGAUUGCCUUUUAUGAUUGCUCAUAUAUUUACUUUGAAAAAUAUUAAAUCAAUUGUUUGAUAUGAUUGGAAGAUAGUAACUGUUCAGAGAAGGAGUGUAA